AAUUACAGAAACCUGUAACGGUAGUCGGUGAAAUUGAUGGCUUGUGCGUUGUUUGUUUAAUUGUAAUUUUUCGCUAAAACCUAAUUAUGGUGAAGCUAACAGCCGAGCUGAUUCAAAAUUCCAUGCAAUACAUAAAUCCGGUAAAAGACCGCGAGUUGGACUUACGAGGUUAUCGCAUCCCCGAAGUGGAAAAUCUGGGGGCCACCGGUGACCAGUUCGACACAAUUGACUUUUCGGACAAUGAUGUGCGCAAGUUGGAUGGUUUUCCGUACUUGAAGCGGUUGAAAUGUUUGCUUUUUAACAAUAACCGUAUUGUACGCAUUGGGGAGCAUUUGGAGGAGUACAUUCCUAAUUUGGAGACGCUGAUUUUGACUGGGAACCACUUGGAAGAGCUGGGUGAUAUUGAGCCGUUGUGCACUUUGGAGAAGCUCACCACAGUUAGUCUUUUACAUAACCCUAUCACUUCCAAGCAGCAUUACAGGCUAUACCUAAUUUAUAAGUUACCGCAGUUAAGGUUGCUCGAUUUUCGUAAAGUCACAGCUAAGGAACGGGAAGAGGCGAGGGCUCUGUUUAAGAGUAAGAAAGGCAAGGAGAUUAGGAAAGAAAUUGGGAAAAGGGCAAAGACGUUUAUUCCCGGAGGUACAGGUAACAGUAUUGCCAAAAGUAAAGGCCUUACAGACGAAGAAAUUGCGAAAAUUCGUGAAGCUAUCAAUAAGGCCAGUUCUUUGGAAGAGGUUGAACGGUUACAGAAGAUUUUACAGUCUGGUCAAAUUCCUGGUCAAGAAGAAAUGAACGGAUAUCAAAAUGGACAAAGUAUGGAAUAUGAAUAAGUUUGAGGUAAUUUUCAGUCAGGUGUACAAUUAAUUAGUUUUAUUUAUAAGUUCCGGUUGAUAAGAGUAUUGUACUACACUAAAUACAAGGUUGAGAAGCGA